CUCAUUGUUGCAUGGUUUAAAUCCUGGAAAUCAUUGUCUGCAAUACCAUGGCGAUAUACCCCUUCAGAUUGCGGCUGCUGCAGCUACGUGGCCAUGCCCGUGCCUAUACCCCAGUCCAUCAUCACCACCAUUAUCAAGGCCUCACGCCUAUGGUAAUGGAGAAAUGCAUACGAAGUAAGGAAACCCUUGCGACAUCGCCCAGUGCUUUUGAAAUGGGCAAAGGCAAGGGCAACUUCACAUGCAAUGGUGCAGAUAAGGUCCACAAAGUCAACCACAUGGACAAAGUCAAUGACAUGGCCCGGCAGUUAAUCUCUAACCCUCAAUUUCUGGCCCGGAUGCGCUACCAUGUAGCACAGCCGAUGCGCCUCUUGAAUGAUGGAGAACAAGGCCUGGAAUACUUCCUCAUGCACGAUUGCACUGGCCUCUCUACCCAGCCUGAUCCGGUGGCCCAGGUGUUUUGGUUACAUGCAUCAUCUGCGUCUGGUAGUGGUGGUGUCGAGGUCAAGUCGAGUCGUCCCCGGAACGCAGACUCAGACAAAGAUGGCACUGUUCCUCUGCCCCAGCUUGUUUGUCCUCUCGGAUUGUUAUUUGCACAACGCUACGGCCGAAUGCGUCUCGACGAUACGGAGCAGUGGACCGGUUAUGAGGUGGUACUCGAUGCACACCAUCCAGAUGCCCCCUUGUGGCUCCUAUAUAAUGGCAACUGCGACAUGGGUAACGACGCCGACAACCAGGCGCCCCCUGUUCCGGAAGUUGACAUGUUUGAUGCCACUGAUUGCCUCAUCAAAUCGCUGCUUCCCAGUCUGGUAGCAGUGGGAAAACGCCGAAAACACGAUGAGCAGGCGAUGAUGAAUACAACAACCACAAGACCACCCGGGGCCAUUUGCAUCCUCAAAUCGAGCCUUGUAUUUAUAACACCAAGCUCUUCUACCACGCCACCUUACUCGGUAGCCCAAGUAGCAAAGCUCGCGCUGCAGUCCCAUCGAACCCUACAACCCCAACUCGAGCCUCUUGGCGACUACCAGCUUCCAUUGCUGGACAACGACGCGCCGUAUCAUGUACAUGUGCCUCUUACGACGGCGAAUCUCCCUAGUCCCAUUGACCCGCCCAACACAUGCCCGCCUAUCGCGCAUCACUCCUUGCCAAGACCGAGUUCGAGCGACGUGUGCCCCCGUCCCUGCCGCGCCCGGCUCCAUCGAUAGCGGGCCUUCGUUCAAGCCAUGGCAGGUCGAGCAUCUGGCCAAGGCUACCGAAAUACUAGCAGGUAUUGCUGAAUCGGCCAAAUGCCAUCCCCAAAGCCCUGAUAAAGUCAAUCUAGGCAGCUUUUUGCAUGUAUGGGCCCAAUGUUAUAGUUUCAUGGCGCCCCAGCAACUUUCGUCGCAAAAUCGUGGUGCCGCCCGAAGAUUCGACAUUGCCCUUCAGAAACUACGAGGAGCUGUACUCAACCUCCCUAAGAGCCAAGAUAGGCCCCGAUAUACAAAUUCCUUGGUUCAGCUCUUUGUUUCUAGUUAUACCGAGGAGACGCAAGACAUAAGUGUAGAUAGCGUGCGAUGCAACUGGAUCGGACGGACUUCCCAAGAAAAAGACGCGGCCAUUAGGUUAGGUGCUG